UUUCACAUAUCGAUUCUGGUCGUGAUUCUGUGAUGAGUUCUCGAUCCAAGGGCUUGUUUCCAUCCUUUCCUUCAGAUGGGAACUUUUCAGAUAUCGAUUCUGGUCGUGAUUCUGUGAUGAGUUCUCGAUCCAAGGGCUUGUUUCCAUCCUUUCCUUCAGAUGGGAACUUUUCAGAUAUCGAUUCUGGUCGUGAUUCUGUGAUGAGUUCUCGAUCUAAGGGCUUGUUUCCAUCCUUUCCUUCAGAUGGGAACUUUUCAGAUAUCGAUUCUGGUCGUGAUUCUGUGAUGAGUUCUCGAUCCAAGGACUUGUUUCCAUCCUUUCCUUCAGAUGGGAACUUUUCACAUAUCGAUUCUGGUCGUGAUUCUGUGAUGAGUUCUCGAUCCAAGGACUUGUUUCCAUCCUUUCCUUCAGAUGGGAUUUUUUCAGAUAUCGAUUCUGGUCGUGAUUCUGUGAUGAGUUCUCGAUCCAAGGACUUGUUUCCAUCCUUUCCUUCAGAUGGGACCUUUUCACAUAUCGAUUCUGGUCGUGAUUCUGUGAUGAGUUCUCGAUCCAAGGGCUUGUUUCCAUCCUUUCCUUCAGAUGGGAACUGUUCAGAUAUCGAUUCUGGUCGUGAUUCUGUGAUGAGUUCUCGAUCCAAGGACUUGUUUCCAUCCUUUCCUUCAGAUGGGGCGGAGCCUGCUGGAGUCCGAUGGUUGAGUCCAGGUCUGAGGAAGUUUAGUUCCCACAAUGACUCCAUGAUGGAAAUCUCUAAUAAACUCAUCAAAUGA